GUUGUGUUUGGCUUGUGUUUACGCACACUGUGCCCAACGGCAACAUGCCUUCAGCGGUUCUACCCCCGACUCGUUGUUUACCCAUUAUAUCCUCUGUUCAAGUGCAAGUCAACCAAGAGGUUGGAGUCAAUGAACUACAAUGGGUGGCUACUUUUUCUUCCUCACCUUCUGGGCCCUCCAUUUGGAGCACCCCCGACUAUGCGCUUGUCCAGGGAUGAGGGGCCAUCGAUGACUUCCGCAGCGCAGCGUCCCCUGAGAAGAGAUCGAGGGUGA